GUGAAGUUCAGAGUGCACUGCCAACAGAGUGCGGAUGUUUUUUACUCAAGAGUCUGUGCAGUCAGUCACCCUGCUAGAUGUGCAGCAGAGAGAGUUGCUUACAGUCGACGAGGGCCAGAUUGUUGUUCACAGUGAAGUGACAGGGAAGGAUGUUAUGAGAUGCACGCUGCCAUCGUGUGACGAGCAUGUGUUGUUUGUUUAGGUAGAGCAGAGCGGUCACUGUCUCGUUCGGUUUGGCAUACAGUGUAUCGUCACAUUUACCCUGAUUGUUGUGCACUGCAAAGGGAUAGCAGGGGAGCUUCAGUUUCACGACAAAACUGAGAACUUUCAAGAUGAACGUUUACUGGAUACCCACGAUCCUCCUCUCCCUCUCCAGUGCUGCAAACAUGAUAAGCUCCCACUACUGUAACGACAAGCCCAGAACGUCCUACGUGGUCCGUGUGUCUGUCAACGGCAUUGCAUCGGUCAGAUGCCCCAACCUGACAGGCAAGGACCAGGAGGAGAUGAGAUUCCACCUUUACCUGGGCUUGGUCGAGGUUGGCAACCACACUCACGACAGUGCUCACAACCACAACUCCACAGAGACCGUGAGUCCUGUUGGGGAGGGUCUGGGGCUGAGGGUGAACAAACAGGACCAUACGGUCAGUUUUGUCCUCUCUGGAAUGACCACGGAGCGCGCUGGAGUCUAUACCUGUGAGGGGCACCCCAUGUACCCACCUCCCAUUGAGAAAGUACCAGACGAGCCUCAGACCUUGGUCCUGGUUGAAGCAUACCAGUGCCAGGCAGGAAAGACUGUGGGAUGUGUAGACCCUAGAGUGCAUGGUGUCCCUGUUUGGGCAUGGGUGCUGGGGUUCUGGGUCACCACCAUCUAUGGCCUGGUUGUCACGGUCAUCGCCUUUGUCAUCUGGGUGAGCGACAUCUCGCUUCCUUUCAUCAAAGAGAGGCUCAGACUGAGGAGAGUGGCGUGUUCCCAGAGCGACUACAUGAACAUCAAACCCAAAGCUCCACUCAGGGGGCCCAGGAAGAAGCACGGGGUCCAGCAUCCAAUCCGAAUGGGACAAUACUGAUCAGUCAUCCUCAGAUCAAUCAUUCUCAGACAAAAGCAACACGAGAGUUGAGCCUUUAUUGGCCCUUGAGAGCUGWUUGGAGAUACAGACCAAGUUCUUGAUGUAAAUACGAAAGCUAGCUCUUCAAAUGAUGAGGUGUACAUCUAAAUUGUACAUCUGAUUGCGUGUAAAUAAAGAUUUGAGUUAUCUUAUAAAUGUUGAUCAAAUAAUUAUAGUCUGAUGUUAUAUGAUCUUCUGGGAAACUAUUGAGAAUGGAGUCUUAAAGUUGUGGGCAGUAUACUAUAUAAAACAAUAUCGCCUUGCAUACUGAGCGAACGCACACGCCCACACACACAAAUGGGUUAAGCGUACAGACACAGGGAUAUCAUAUCUGAUUUGUAGUGGGUGUGUAGUGAAGAGGAAGACCCUAGCUCUGUGGUGAAUGGGUCUCACAGGAAACAGUGGUUUCCGAAUAUGAGGGGACUGAACCACAUUUUCACUCUCUGAGAGGCACUGAUUGUCAUGUACAGUAUAUGUAUUUAAAAUAAGGGACUGCCUUACAUUGAAACKGGCACACUGAAUUACAAAUCCCUGCUUGUUUUUUUAAUGGACUAAUACUUUUACUGUACUUAAGUAGUUUUUUAAAAAUCAAAUCAAGCUGGUGCUUCAAAUCGAGUAUUCCCAAGCUACAGGCCUCUUUCAACUGUUUCAGUGUAUUGCAAUAUUUUAGUUUUAACCAUUGUUUACAGAUUUUUAUAGGACAACUUACAACUCGUCAUUUGAGGGUUAACUUAACAAACUCAGCCACAAGGAAAUGUUGAAAUACAAAAAAACUGCUGUAAUGACUAAAACAAAAAAAACACACACCUAGCAUCAUUUCCUGUCUACUGUUUCCUUGGAGGCUUGUGUUUUGUGCCAUUGUGCACUAGAGUAUGCAUAAGAGGGCCUGCACCUUGAUGUUGYACACCUUGCAGUUUCUAUGUAGUUAGGGCAAACACAUUAAACCAGCAGACUAUGAGGGCUGUACAGGUUUCAUGUCACAAUGAAACAGUAGCUACAUCCCAAAUGGAACMCUUYUCUCUUUAUAGUGCACUACUUUUACAWUAUACAUUACAUAUACUGUAUGUAU